GGCGGGCUGGAGAGGGGGUGGUGGGGAGGGCGCGGCGGCUGCGGGUUGCAGGGCAGUGGUCUGCAGGGCUUCAGCCUCCCGAGGGCCAGCCUCGCCGAGCCCGGAACUGGGUCUGAACCCGCGCACAGCAAAGACGAGGCGGCUGUGGCGGCAGCGGCGGCCCCAGCCAUGCUGUGCUAUGUGACGAGGCCGGACGCGGUGCUGAUGGAGGUGGAGGUGGAGGCGAAAGCCAACGGCGAGGACUGCCUCAACCAGGUGUGCAGACGAUUGGGAAUUAUAGAAGUUGAUUAUUUUGGACUGCAGUUUACGGGUAGCAAAGGUGAAAGUUUAUGGCUAAAUCUGAGAAAUCGGAUCUCCCAGCAGAUGGAUGGGCUAGCCCCUUACCGGCUUAAACUGAGAGUCAAGUUCUUCGUGGAGCCUCAUCUCAUCUUACAGGAGCAGACUAGGCAUAUCUUUUUCUUGCAUAUCAAGGAGGCCCUCCUGGCAGGCCACCUUCAGUGUUCACCAGAGCAAGCAGUGGAACUCAGUGCCCUCCUGGCCCAGACCAAGUUUGGCGACUAUAACCAGAACACAGCCAAGUACAGCUAUGAAGAGCUGUGUGCCAAGGAGCUCUCCAGUGCCACCUUGAACAGCAUUGUGGCAAAGCAUAAGGAGUUGGAGGGGACCAGCCAGGCUUCGGCUGAAUAUCAGGUUUUGCAGAUUGUGUCCGCAAUGGAAAACUACGGCACAGAAUGGCAUUCUGUGAGGGACAGCGAAGGGCAGAAACUCCUCAUUGGGGUUGGACCUGAAGGAAUCUCAAUUUGUAAAGAUGACUUCAGCCCAAUUAAUAGGAUCGCUUACCCUGUCGUGCAGAUGGCUACCCAAUCAGGGAAGAACGUGUACCUCACCAUCACCAAGGAGUCUGGGAACAGCAUCGUGCUCUUAUUCAAGAUGAUCAGCACCCGGGCAGCCAGCGGGCUCUACCGAGCCAUCACCGAGACGCACGCUUUUUACAGGUGCGACACGGUGACCAGUGCCGUCAUGAUGCAGUACAGCCGAGACCUGAAGGGCCAUUUGGCUUCUCUGUUUCUGAACGAAAACAUCAACCUGGGCAAGAAGUAUGUCUUCGAUAUUAAAAGAACCUCCAAGGAGGCGUAUGACCACGCCAGGAGGGCUCUGUACAACGCGGGUGUGCUGGAUCUCGUGCCGAGAAGCGACCCCAGCCCUCCAAACUCUCCCCUGAAGUCCUCGGAGAGCAGCAUGAGCUGCGGCAGCUGCGAGGGCCUUGGCUGCCAGCAGACCCGGGCCCUCCAGGAGAAGCUGCGCAAGCUCAAGGAGGCCAUGCUGUGCGUGCUGUGCUGCGAGGGUGAGAUCAACUCAGCCUUCUGCCCCUGUGGCCACACUGUGUGCUGCGAGGGCUGCGCCGCCCAGCUCCAGUCCUGUCCUGUCUGCAGGUCACGGGUGGACCACGUCCAGCACGUCUACCUGCCGACCCACACCAGUCUUCUCAACCUGACUGUGAUCUGAUCUGCUGUGCACUUACCGGACAUGCCAUGUCUCCAUGAACUGCAC